GCGUCUAACAAAUUAUCCCGCUUGCGGGAAAGUGUUCUCCUCAACUAUGGCAGUCUGCCUCCAUCUGCAGGAUGAUCUCAGGUGCGGUCAGCACUUACUCCCCACGCCUUCCGCCUUCCGUGUGCCACCAAAAUCUCAUGCGCCGCGGGUCGGUCAAUAUCACCCGAAGUCUGGCUAUAUCUACGAUAUGGGUCAGUUGAAUACUCUGGAGCGUAUGAGGCUAGACGAGUAUGAGCCCAAAUGAAAAGACAACCCUUACUUCCACUUUUCCUCCAAGGAUGAAUGGGAUUUUGGGAAGUUUCUCUACCGCAACCUCUCCCAAACGCAGAUCAACGACUUUUUGAAGCUCCAAUUGGUAAGAAACAGCCUGGUUUCAAUUCAAUAAAUCUUACAUCACUUGUACAGGUUAAGAAUAUCCAGCCUAGCUUUCGAACCGCCGAGCAGCUUCUUUCGUGGUUGGACAUGAUCCCCAAAGGUUCAACUUGGCAAUGCACAGAACUCUGUGCCGAGGGCUACGCUACGAAAGAGCCUAUUUAUCUCUACUGGCAUGACGCCUUGGAAGUCGUGCAGGACAUAUUCGGGAAUCCGGCCUUCGCCGAAAAUAUGAUGUACGAUCCAUACUACAUUUACGAGGGCGCUGAACGCGAAUGCGGCGAGUGGAUGUCGGGUGACGAGGCACAUCGAAUUCAGAAUGAGCUUCCAGACGGUGCCACUAUCGUCCCUGUCAUCCUUGCAUCGGACAAUGCACCGGUCACAAGAAUGAGCGGAGAUCGUGAGAUGCACCCGUUAUUCCUCACGAUUGCCAACAUCAACUCAGAAGUCCGUAUAAAAGCAACAGCACACGCAUGGCAGGCUCGUGUAUGGCACCGAUGCAUCGACAUGGUUUGCGCGAACCUGAAGGUUGCUGCGCACAACGGCGUUUUUAUGGCCGAUUCUCACAAUAAUACUCGAUAUUGUUUCACGCCUCUUGCCGCAUAUACUGCUGAUCUGCCGGAGCAGUUGAUGAUCGCCUGUGUUGCCAAGUCCGCUUCGCCCGUCACCACCGCUAUACAGAGCCAGUUUGGUGAUGCGAUCAAACAUACGUCUCGCGAUGGCCAGCUCACCCUGAAGACGCUGCAUGAAAUAUGCUCAGCGACAGGCGAGCAUAUAGACCCUUGGAAGAUCCGGGAGUUCCAAGUGGCGGCCAAGAAGCAUCACCUUAGUGGUGUUCAACUUCCUUUUUGGCGAGACUGGCAGUUUUCAAAUCCUGCGAUUUUCCUUGUUGGCGAAAUCCUUCACUCCUGUCACAAGUGGUUCUUUGACCACGUUCUCAAAUGGUGCAAAUGGGUACUUGGAGAUGACGAACUGGAUGCUCGCUAUCGCUGUCACCACAAGUACAUUGGCACUCGCCAUUUCACUGGGGUAUCGCGUGUGAAACAAAUGACCGGACGUGAGCAUCGGGACAUUCAGCGCACGAUCGUUGCAACUAUAGCAGGCGUGGCGGGUCCAGAUUUCGUUGACGCUAUUCGCGCAAUAGUCGAUUUCAUCUACCGUGCCCAGGCUCCAACGUUCACGACUUCCUCCAUCCGAGAAAUGGAAACAUGCUUAGAAGAGUUUCACCUGUACAAGCAGGCCAUACUAGAUGCAGGCGCACGGAGAGGAAAAACUGGUGGCAUCCCCCAUUUCCAGAUACCGAAACUCGAAUUAUUUCAGUUGUUUGGCUCUAGCAUACGGAAUAUCGGCUCCCUCAUCCAGUACACAGCAGAUGUGAGCGAACGCCUGUUGAUCACUCAUUGCAAGGAUCCGUUCCUGCGUACCAACCGGAAGACUGGCUUCACACAACAGAUCGUGCUACGCCUCGACCGCGAGGAAUCCAUACAGCAUGACAGCAUGCCUCACGCACCCCCAGUCUGCAACCCCCGCAAUCACUCCUUACAAGGUUUUGUUUCGGACGAUGCCACGACUGCAUUCCAUGUCACUCGGAAGCCCGACUUCGCCGACAAGCCAGCAUCUUACUUAUCCACCACAUACUGCCUUCCCGACUUCCCUUCACUACUCCUUUCCUACAUCGAUAACAUAGCUGGUUGGAACUCCACGUUCCGUAGUCGACUGCUCCAAGGAUGGUCGAAGUUCCGGAUCCAGAUGCAGUCGCGGCUCCGGCCACUUACGAUCUUACCAAGCCAACAGGUUCAAGCCUUGCCACCUUCGAACGAACAUCCCUAUGGAAAAUGUGACACUGUACUGGCUCGUGUUACAUCCCCCUUUAGCACACCAAGUAAGUGGAUUAAAAACUGCAUUUCCUGGUGUUAAUGGUCGUUAUCUCCCAGCCACACUUGUUGUCCAAGUACGCGCGGUGUUUGCACUUUCUACAAGGGGCAAUGCCCUCCCCCCCGACCUUUCUAAUCCACUGCUCUAUGUCCAGUGUUUUGCCUUUGUGGCAACACCGUCUGACCAACCUGAGAUCGGAAUGUACACUGUCCAUCGUAUGUUCAACAUCAGUGCUAAUGGUAGUAAGUCCCGGGUUGGUACAAUUGUUCCGUUAUUGGAUGUUAUCCACACAGUCGAGCUCAUACCAAAAUACGGAGAAACUGUCAGUCGGAAUGUCGCAUCAGAGACGUCGCUGGAACUCUAUGACGACUUCUACCUCAAUUCCCUCUCGAGCAAGGAAUUUUAUUAUACGAUACAUGAUGACUUGUAGCUUGUAGUCGACGAAGUGAAAAUCAAUGUAUACCGUUCAUUAAUGGC